UAUUUUUGAUAGAUUGUUAAUGCCCAUAAGGAACUUGUAACUUAUUCAUUUAUUGCUCAUAUUCCUAUAGUCUUCCACUUAUUCAAUUUUUCUAUAUAAACCAAUAACCUAAGCUUCUUUUAUUGCCAUCAAGAGCUUAAUUAGAAAUGAAAAAGUUUGUAUUUUUAAUUCUCUCAUUAUCAUUGGUUCUUGCAAUUGCAGAGAGUUUUGAUUUUCAUGAAAAUGAGUUAGGUUCUGAGGAAAGUUUUUGGGGUUUGUAUGAGAGGUGGAGGAGUCAUCACACUGUUUCUAAGAAUCUCGAUGACAAACAUAAGCGUUUCAAUGUGUUUAGGCAUAAUGUCAUGCAUGUUCAUAACACUAACAAAAUGGAUAAGCCUUAUAAGUUGAAGUUGAAUAAGUUUGCAGACAUGACUAACCAUGAAUUCCGAAGCACUUACGCUGGCUCAAAGAUUACGCAUCAUCGCAUGUUCCGUGGAGCGCGAGGAAACGGAACCUUCAUGUAUGCGAACGUGGAUAGUGUUCCGACUUCUGUUGAUUGGCGAAAGAAAGGCGCUGUCACUGCUGUUAAGGAUCAAGGCCAAUGUGGUAGUUGCUGGGCGUUUUCAACUGUCGUAGCAGUUGAAGGUAUUAAUCAAAUCAAGACGAACAAGCUUGUGUCAUUGUCUGAACAAGAGCUGGUGGACUGUGAUAUUGAACAAAACCAAGGAUGUAAUGGAGGCCUAAUGGAUAUUGCAUUUGAGUUCAUCCAACGAAAGGGUGGCAUAACAACUGAGAUUAAUUAUCCUUAUGAAGCUGAAGAUGGAACUUGCAAUACUUCAAAGGAGAAUGCGCCUGUGGUUUCUAUCGAUGGACAUGAGAAUGUGCCUGAAAAUGACGAGGCUGCAUUGCUUAAAGCAGUCAUAAACCAGCCUGUAUCAGUUGCCAUUGAUGCUGGAGGUUCAGAUUUCCAGUUCUACUCUGAGGGGGUAUUCACUGGAAGCUGUGGAACAGAGCUGAAUCAUGGAGUGGCAGUCGUUGGUUAUGGAACGACCAUUGACGGAAGUAAGUAUUGGAUAGUGAAGAAUUCAUGGGGAGCUGAAUGGGGAGAGAAGGGUUACAUAAGGAUGGAGCGAGGCAUCAAAGACAAAGAGGGAAUUUGCGGCAUAGCAAUGCAAGCUUCCUAUCCCGUCAAGAAAACCUCGAAAAAUCCUACACCAAACAGUUCUUCUCCUAAAGAUGAACUCUAAAUACAAUUUGCUAUCAGUAUCAGCUUCAGCCUCAUAUGAUUGCUGAAUGAAUAAUACUUUAUGUUACAGAUUCAUGGAUGAUGCAUCAAUCCAACACAAGUUUACUCUUCAAUUAUUGAAUAAAGCUUUCAAGACUGUACUUCUGUUUCUCAAAGUAUUCCAAAUUCUUGAUCUUGAA